UCUGAGUUAAAGCAAAGGUUAAAGUUGUUCUCUUUGUACGGAAACAUGGAGACUGAUCUGAUGAGUUGUUUUUAUCUGUUGUUGUUGAUGGUCAUCUGUGACGGGUUCCAUGUCCGUGGUCCGUCUGGUCCUCUCAUUGUCCAGCUGGGAGGCUCAGUGAUGCUGCCCUGCUUUGUAGAAACUCCUCUACCAAUGCAAGAACUGGAAAUAGAGUGGAAAAGAAAUGACUCUGAAACUCUAGUACACUGGUGGCAGAAUGGAGAGAGUCAUCCGGAGUCUCAGAACCCGAGUUAUCGUGAAAGAGCUCAUUUCUUCAUUGAGGAGAUCGCUCAGGGAAACUUCUCUCUCCUCCUUACGAACGUGACCCGGGAAGACGCAGGAGUCUAUAAGUGUGCUGUCUACACAAACAAGGACUCUGAUGAAACUCUGAUUGAAAUAAAGGAGAUUGAGCGUUUGAUCGUGUCUGGAGCCCACGUCAUAUCUGCAUAUGCGGGUGAAGAUAUCACUCUGAAUUGCUCUGUAGACUCACAUAUCCCAGCGGAAAAUAUAGAACAGGUCUUAUGGAUGAAAAUGGAUGGAGAGAUCUUAGUGCUGCUCUAUGAACAUGGUGAGGUCCACACAGACUCGUCCCAUGAGAGAUACAUGGACAGAGUGGAAUUGUUCAGCGCUGAAGAAAGAAACAAAGGAAACUUCUCAUUGAGACUGAAGGAUGUCCGAACUGACGAUAAAGGGCUGUAUACAUGUUCUGCAUUCUCUGGGGCAUUCUCAGAUAACACAACUGUGGAAGUGCAGCAGCUGGGUUUUUCCUCUAUGCAGGUUGGAAUUUUUGUUUUAUGUGCACUGGGAUUUGUAAUUGGAUCACUUAUCCUAGGAUACUUCUCUUAUACAUCUUUUAAAAAUAAUGAUGACAGCGGAAGAGCCCUAGCUAUACAGUGGGGACAUGUCCUUUGUCCUAAUAUUACUAUGGCCAUUGUCUUCAUCCUUUGGGGUGUUACUGAUGGGUUUUUUACAGAAGCAGCAACUUGUUCAGCACUGAAUGGUUUUCGGAUCCUUUUUCUACUUUGGAUUGCUCUCCACUUGAAAACAGUUCAAGGUUAUCCCCGCCAAAUAAUUAACCGCUUGGCAAUUCCACUACAAUAUGCAGUGAUAAGUGUUAUUGCUUAUUCACCUAUUGUUGUGGAUGUCUGGUAUAGACUAAACACUUUACGGAAAGUGAUUCUUCUGAUAUUUCUGCUUCUGGAGCCACUUUCUACUCUUCUGUAUAUUCUGUAUGUUAUCACUACUGUAUGCAGUGGAAGGACUCUGCAAAUAGAAGCAAUCUUUAGUUACAAUAUCACAGAGCUCAGCAAUUUUCUACGAAUAUUUGUUAUUAUACUAAUCUAUGGACUUCAUCCAGGUAAGAACCACUUUUUGCAGGUAAUGUUAUAUUUGAUUGACAUUUACAUUUCUUUAAAUGUACUAUUAUAUUUUCCCAAACACGUCUUAUCCUAAAGACUAUUAUAUACAGUAUAUAAAACACUCAGACUGCAUGUGUAGAUGUAAUGUAAUUGAUUUCACACACUAAAGCUUUUAAAUUCUAGAUAUUUUAAAUAUUUAAACAAACAUUCUCUAUAUUUUGUUCUCUCAUUGUCCAGACCUACUAACACUUAUAUACAGUACCCUAAAAUCAGUCUCAUCCCACAAGAUUUCAGUUUUAGUCGUGUGUGUGAUGAGCCUGGAGCAUAUUAUCUUCAUCAGCACAAUUACAGACACAAAUAAUAAUUUCAGAUUAAA